AUGGACACGUCGUCCCUCCUGGGCCUGUUGGGCGAACGGGCGCCGCAGAACAUCUGUUCGCACACACGCCGCCCUCGCUGGCUGGCGCUCCCUGACACCGGGCCCCCGCGCGCCCGCAUGUCCGCGCCCGCGCUCCAGCUCCCAAUUCCCACGUCGGCGGUGACCAGUAGAGCCCCUGGCCGGCUGCUGCAGCUGAAGCUCAGUCCCAUAGCUGAGCACGAGCAUGAGCCGAGCCAGGCCCGGCACCACGCCGCAUCCGCCGCCACCGCCGCCGCCACCACCUCCACCAGACAACCCACCGACUCCUCGUACUCCCUCUGCUCAGUGGACAAGUACAAUAGCAGCAGCCGCCUCUCCUCCACUGCAGACGAGCGAGAGGAUGACUGUGCCGGGGUGGUGCUGGCCUGCCUCUUCUGCCGCUUCUAUGACCUGUGCCUCAUGCUGCCCGGCUCCUGCGCCCGGGCGGCCCAGCGCCUCUGCCCGUCCUACCAGCACUUCGCCAAGACCCACGAGGGCGGCGGCAGCGGCAGCAACGGCGACUGCACCUGCAAGUGCGACUUCGACUGUGGCCUGUUCGACGCCUGCCACGAGAGCGGGGAGUGCCUGGAGUUGGCCAUGGAGAUCUCCGAGGUGUGCUACCACUGA